AUGUAUCCAAAAGCGGCCAACGGCACCGAUGUUGACGAGUUCGCGCUCGAAGGACGUACUGGCCGACUGACGAGACAGCUUUAUCCCGAUGCCGAUCCCCGUCUUCAAGCUCUUACACCACUUUGGCUCCAAAGGGCCCGGACAUUCAACGCGAGACUCAUCUUCCGGCAGCUCUUCUACCUCACAACCGGCCUGACACUCCAGGAGUCAGGCGUUGCGGUCUGUUCCCUCGUGAACGCCCUCGGCCGCAUCGCCGUCGUCUCCGUCAUAUAUCUCAUGCGCAACGUCGACUCAUUCGCGGCGGCGUACUCGCCGGCCUACGAUGUUGUGGAAGGCGAGGCGCUGUGGUUCCGUGGCGCGCCGACCUGUCUGUACUGCGAGCUCACGCUAGUGUGCUACGCCGUCUCACUGCUCUGGGGGAAUCACUAUGUGUUCGGCCGCGCGCUUGGGUGUUCGAGCGUCGAGACGAUGACCCUGCUGUCGUCGGGUGUGGGGUCGACGAGGAGUAGCAUUGCGGGUGGGAGAAUCACGAUCCGAGACGGAGUUGGGUGGUGGGCUGCAGUCAUAUGA